AUGCCAGUCACCAAGUCUUCGUCGAUAUUGAUCAUCGGGGCGGGCACCUGGGGUUGCUCAACUGCCCUGCAUCUUGCCCGCAGAGGAUACACCAAUGUCACUGUCCUUGACCCGUACCCGGUUCCAUCAGCCAUUUCGGCCGGCAACGACGUCAACAAGAUCAUCUCGUCCGGCCAGUACAGCAGCAAGAAGGACGAGGUCGAAGUCAAUGAGAUUAUCGCCGAACAGGCCUUCAAUGGCUGGAAAAAUGACCCCAUCUUCAAGCCGUACUACCACGACACCGGCGUCGUGAUGUCCGCCACCACACAGGAAGGAUUGGAGCGUCUGGGGGUCCGCGUGCGACCUGAAGAUGAACCCGAUGUAGCCGAAUUGACUCGGCCGGAGCAGUUCCGCCAGCUGGCCCCCGGCGUCUUGAAGGGUAACUUCCCCGGUUGGAGGGGGUACCACAUUCGCUCAAACGCGGGCUGGGCGCAUGCGCGCAACGCCCUGGUCGCCGCGGCGCGGGAGGCACAGCGCCUGGGUGUGCGCUUCGUCGCGGGAUCGCCGCAGGGCAGAGUCAUCACGUUGAUUUUUGAGAACAACGAUGUGAAGGGUGCCGUCACGGCGGACGGCAAGAUCUGGCGGGCCGAGCAGACUAUCCUCUGCGCUGGUGCGGCCGCCGGCCAGUUUCUGGAUUUCAAGGACCAACUGCGUCCCACUGCGUGGACUCUGGUCCACAUCCAGUUGAAGCCGGAAGAGCGUGCCCAGUAUAAAAACAUGCCGGUGGUCUUCAACAUCGAGAAGGGGUUCUUCUUCGAGCCGGAUGAGGAGCGUGGUGAAAUCAAGAUCUGCGACGAACACCCCGGGUACACGAAUAUGACCACGGGGGCCGACGGCCGCGUGAGGAGCAUUCCCUUCGAGAAGACGCAGGUUCCUCGAGAAGCGGAGAUGCGCGUCCGCAAGCUUCUGUCUGAAACGAUGCCUCAGCUUGCGGACCGGCCGUUCAGUUUCGCAAGGAUCUGCUGGUGUGCGGAUACCCCCAAUCGCGAGUUUAUCAUUGACCGUCAUCCCGAAUACCCGUCGCUUGUUCUUGGGUGUGGUGCUUCAGGACGAGGCUUCAAAUAUCUUCCCUCGAUCGGAAGCAUCAUCGCAGACGCCAUGGAGGACAAAACCCCGGCAAAAAUCCACAAGCUGAUCCGCUGGAGCCCGGAAAUCGCGAUCAACCGUAACUGGGGGGACAGAUUAGGUCGAUUUGGAGGGCCCAACCGGGUCAUGGAUUUCAAUGAAGUGAAGGAGUGGACUAAUGUCACCCAAAGGGACAUCUCGAAGUUAUAG